GAAUGUUUCUCUAUUUGAAUCACCGACCGUAGGCGAGCUUUCACCUUGAUAUCUUCCUCUCAAAAUACACACACGCCGUACACGCAUACACACAAACAGGCACAGAAGAAGCAAAAUAAUCCACACGCCUAAGAAUACCAUAGAGAGAAAACCAUCACAAUGGCUGAAUCUUCAAAGCCACGCCCUCUCUUCAUCUACGGCACACUCCGCGCCCGCCCCUUACUAGCCUGGGCCCUAACCGGCCAUGCCACAAACACCAAACCCAUCUCAGCACACGCCCACCCAGCCAUAGUACGCGGCUAUGCACGCUACACCGUCCAGUCACAGGAUUAUCCCGCCGUUGUAAAGAAAGACGGACAUGAAGUAGACGGAUACCUGCUCAUCCUGGAGACCAAGUCGCAGCGCAAGAAGCUAGAUGAUUUUGAAGGAGAGAUAUACACCUCUACGAGUGUCGAUGUUGUACUGGAGGAUGGGAGUGUUGUGAAUUCUGAUAUGUAUGUUUGGGCGGGAGAUGAAGAUGCGCUGAGUGAUGAGCCUUGGGAGUUGGAUACUUUUGUGAGGGAUAGGUUGGAGGAUUGGAUUGAUCUUUUUGAGGGUAUGGAGAUGAUUGGAGAGGACGAGGACUGA